UGCAGGUACACCUCUUACAAGAAUUUCUCCAUCUCACCGCUUGAACCUUGAUUUGUAAUCAACACAAAGGGUAAUUUACUGUAUGUAAGAGCUGGCAUUUCUCUUGUUCAGCACCUGAACACAAGAAGGUCGAAGCUACAAGCGGACAAAGAAGAUAAUCUAGCUGGAGAUCAUGAAGAUGCUGACUGUGUCUCUACUCGUCUGUGCCAUGAUGGCUUGGACCACAGCUGCUGCUGUUCCAGAAGCAGAGACCGGUGAAGGGACAGAAUCAUUCAUUCAAGAAGGGAAUAGUCACACCGCUUGUCCCACCGGUUGGACUGGUUACAAUGAUCGCUGUUUCAUCUAUAUUCCAACAGCAAUGACUUGGGCAGAUGCUGAGAGAAACUGUCUGUAUCAGGGUGGAAACCUUGCAUCGGUGCACAGCUUUGAGGAGCAUCAUGUGAUUCAGGGUAUGAUCCUGAUUCUCACUCAUACGUAUCCACUCACAUGGCUUGGAGGCUACGAUGCGGCACAGGAGGCUACCUGGUUCUGGAGUGACGGUACACGUUUCCAGUUUAACUUCUGGGAUCAAGGACAGCCUGAUAAUCAACCAAAGGCACACUGUAUGUUGAUGAACUUUGGAGAUCAAAAGAAAUUUGACGACCAGCCUUGCUCUUACAUGAGGCCGUUUGUCUGCGCAAGAAAGCCAUGAUAUUUCUUUGGACAACAGAGAAACAUGCUGUACACUGUAGCAUUUUAGGCCUUUCAUUCUGGAGAGUCAACUGUUUUUUUUUUCUUGUCUUAUACACAAUUAAAAGCCUUGAGCAUUGAAAUAUGCCAGUCUGUGAGUCUGACCUCUCACUACAUAGCACAUGAGUACACACAAAACUUUAAAUACAACACCAUGAGAUGGAGGAGUCUGUAGGUUCAAAAUAGAUCAAUGAUAGGAAGACCAAAAUAUCGACCCAUCAUACAAAAAAAGCUUACUGGAUGGUAACAAAAGACUGAUAAUAGCAGUCCUAAUUUAUUUAAUUCAGUGCACUCUGACAACUACUGAAAACAUAUCUAUGAAUAUUGUGAUCCGUUUCUGAGAUCCUACCAAAUGUUAAACACUGGACCUUUAACUUUUCAUGUAUUCUUUAGGCUGUAUUGAGCAACUGGUAUUUUCUCAUAACACCUAGAACCUAGAACGAAUACCAAUGAAACAAAACACUAAUUAAUAGAUCGGCUGUCAGGUCUUUAUCAUUUGAUCAUAUUUUAGUAUGAAGCAUCCUUAUUUCUGAUCUGCUCAAGUUUGCACUCUUAAUUUUUUGGUACUGCAUUAUGCUGUUCAUACAAACUCAACACUUCCUGUUUCUGUUUCAAAUUAAAAACCCUGUAGCACUUCAGUGGACAGACUCCCUUCAUGUCCAACCAAGGCUUUUAUUGUGAAACAUUUAAAGUUGUUGUAAAAUUCAUUGAUAUGCACUGUUCCCAUAUACUGUCUUCACAUUUAGCUGCUGCCACCUUGUGACACUUGUACGUUACUACAAAAUGCAGUUUGGCUGUGAAAUAAUUAACACACAUACACCUGCAGUGGCUGAAACUGAUUUUUUUAACACCUGCUGGCCAGUCAGAAAUGUGUGCUUUUUGUUGCCGCGGUCUAAUGUGAGAUAUUGGCACUUCUACAUAGUGUUGCCCUCAAACAUGUAAUACAAUAUUUUGUGUUAUUUGUGAUACGUGUUGUUCCCCUCCCUCUAUGUUCAGGCACUCGAACCAACCGCUAGAACCAGUUGUGUUUGAAUUCCAGUUAUUUUGUAAACAGUUAAUCUGAGGUUGACAUAUUGACCCAAAAAAUGCUCAAAUUGGUGUUGUUUCACAGCAUGAAAUGUAACAGUAAUGACAAACAAGGACCAAAAAUCUGUGUUUGAAAGUUUGACCAGAUAUCUUUGUUGUUAGAUUUUAUUUAGAAAAGAAAGUGCAUAAUAAUUUCAUCAUUAUAAAAAUACAUUUCCUAUUAAUUAAAAUAUAUUGUUGAGAAAAUUUCUUUCUGAAGAUGUACAUUUUAAUAUGACAAUUUGUUAAAAGUCUAAGAGGCACUUUUUAAGGAUAAUGACCAAUUUAGGAGAAUCUAUUGGCAGAAAUGGAAUAUAAUAUUCAUAGGUAUAUUUUAAAUAGUGUAUAAUCACCUGAAUGUAUGAAUUAUUGUUUCUACAGUAAUCCAGAACAGACAAACCACACACUGAGUGUAGAUUAUUAGGUAGUUAUUAGUUGCAACUUCACCACUAGAUGCCACUAAAUCCUACACACUGGUCCUUUAACAACACUAUUAAUACAUACUUUCAUGUGAAUGCCACUAAUAUUUAUUAACAUUGUACAAAUCUUCUAUCAAUUACUCAACCUCUUUAAUUCAAUUAUUUAUGUCAAACAUCAAAUGUAUAGGCCUUAUAUGUAUCAAAGCUGUGCACCUUCAUGAAUAAAUUGUUAACUAGAAUCACAAAUGGAUGAAAUAUUACAUUUGUGAACAUCUGUGGUUCAUUUUGAGAUUUUUUAUUUUAUUUGAUUAUCUGUGUGAUUAUACACAAUUUUUUUUUUUUAAAAAGUCCUUCCAUGUAGGAGACAGUGUUUUGGGUUUCCAAACUGACAUGUAGAUAAAAUCAUAUGAAACUGAA